ACCCCACUGACAAGGCCAAGACUGUUCAAAAAUAAAAGCCUUUAUAAAACCAAGACUCUUUGGUGCUUUUUCAUACCGCGUAAGUUAGUUUAACCCGCGUUCUCUUCCUCCCUCAAUGGCGACCGCGAGCAGAGCGGCGGCGCCGGCGGAGGCGGACAAGGACGAGCCGGCCCGGCCCCUGGCGUUCCCUUCCCCGUCCGUAGCAGUCCACCCGGCAGCCCCCGGCGACGUCGAGGAUGCCGCGGCGCGGCGCUCCACGCAGUACCUCCGGAGGCGCCGGUGCGCGCUCUGCUGCUGCGGCUGCUGCGUGACCACCGUGGUAAUCACAGCCCUCACCGUCCUUGUUCUCGCCGUCACCGUGUUCCGGGUCAAGCACCCGCGGAUCACCAUGAACAGCGUGACCCUCGCGGCCCUCAGCGGCGCCGGGCCCGGCGGCACGCUCGCCGCCAACUCCACGCUGGCCGCCGACGUGUCGAUCAGGAACCCCAACGUGGCGUCGUUCCGGUUCUCGCUGAGCGAGACGGAGGUGUACUACGAGGGGCGGACGGUGGCCGUGGCGCGGGUUCCGGCGGGCCGCAUAGGGGCCCACAGGACGGCCCGCGUGAACGUGACGGUGGACCUUCUCGCGGACCGGCUCGCGCGGGCCGUCGACGGCGCCGGGCUGGUGAUGGGCCGGGAGUACGAGUUCACGACCUACACGGAGAUGAGCGGCACGGUGCGCGUACUGGGGGUGUACAGGAAGGAGCUCGAGAUCAGGAUGAACUGCUCGGUCACCGUGGAGGUGGGCGGCGCCGCCAGCGUGCUGGUGUCCCGGCACCGGGACCGGGACCGGGCCGGCGUGCAGAGCAAAGGCGUCAGCUGUGUUGCGAGUGUGAGCUGAAAGAUUUAGAAUGCCUUGCCGUUUAGAUGAUGGUUCUGUUCUGCGGCUGUUAUUUCCAUUCUAGUUCAAUUCGCCUGUUUUUUUUAUCGUAUGUACAUUCUACUAAGGCAGUACGAGAUGUUUUCCUUUCCUCAUGGUUCUAACAAGUAACAACACUCGCACUGCAUGAUAACUAGCUGGAGAUGGCUUGUGUGUCA